UUGUCAACUAUUAUUGUCAAAAGUGUGGGUUACGAUGUGAGAUGAAUAAAUUUUGCAUUAAAAGAUAAAAACAAAUUUCUAAUACGUAAAAUGUUGUAAAUUGAAAUUAAUUCAAAUAUUAUGGAAUGGUGGCUGAGAAAUAAUCCUUUUUUCCAAAAGAAUAAUCGAAUUACUAUAAAUCCUGACGAAGAAUGCGAUUCUCAAGCUUGUUAUGAUAGUUUCAAAGGGCAUUGGGAUCAAGCCCUAAAAAUAUUGCAACGAGUACAGCAACUGCCUAGCCAUGAUGAUGUGCUGGGAGUUGUUAUUCAUUUGGAGCAAAUGGUUACAUUAUUAAUUUAUGAUAUGAAAAAAACUGAUCGAUUAUGUUUGACAGUGAAUUCUUCCAAAUGUUUGGAAUAUCUCUUGGUUGAAAAUAUUCUGGAUAAAUUGUUUGAAUGGAGUAUGAAAUGUGGCAAAUACAAAAAUACAGUACGAUGUGAACAAUUAAAACUAUAUGAUACAUUAAUAAGCCAGUCAAGACAUUUGUUGUUAGAGCAAAAUUCUUUUGUUAAGCCUAUGUUGAAGUUAUUAAAUUCUUGUUAUGGCGAAGUAUUUACUAAAGAAGUAGAAAAAAUUUUAGUUGAUCUUUUAAAUCAAAUAAGUACUUUGCUAGUACAACAUCCAGAGUAUAUAAAAUUGUUUUUUGUCAGAGAUAAAAAUGUUAACAGGUUUACUAUUUUUUCUUUACUUGUACCCUUUGUACAUAAAGAAGACUCAAUAGGAAUGAGAGCUAGAGAUGCACUACUCCUUUGCAUAUCACUUUCAAAAAAGGAUAAAGAUGUUGAAAUCUACAUAUCAGAACAUUCAGACUUCUCAGUCCUUGUUGCUUCUGGCCUUGGUGGCUUAUAUUCUGUUUUACCCAAUGUCAUUGAUGAUAUAGGUGUACCUGACUGGCAUUGUUUUACACCCGAUGAUGUCAAUGAGAUAAAAGGUUUGCUGUCAUUUGUGACUUCCUUGGAGUUUAGCAAUGCAAUAGCUCAAGUUGCACAUCCUGUAAUAAGACGGCAACUCCAAGAUUUUUUAUACAAAGGAUUUUUAAUACCAGUAUUAGGCGAGGCAUUGAUGCAAAGUAACAUACAGGAGCAAGUGGCAGCCACAGCAUAUUUGGAACUAAUUAUAAGAACUGUUACUGAACCAGGUCUACUGCAUGCAGUAUUACAGUUUUUAUUGAAAGUUGAAUAUGAUGGGGAAAGGUUGUUAAACAUCUUAAUACAAAGAAUUAACUCUGAAAAACAGUUAUGUUUAGUAUCACUUGCUGUGUUUGAAAGUAUGAUUGAUUUAAACUGCGAAGACUUAUUAUUGGAACUAGUUUUCAAAUAUCUGCAGCCUUGCUUUCAUUUAAUGAUAUCACAAAGGAAAAUGUUACUUCCCUUAGAUCCAUUAUGCCCAAGUUUUGAGAAACUGCUACUUUUAGCUCCAAAUUGUUGUCAAUUAUGUGAUGAUAUUACCAUAGAUGGAAACUUUGUACAGUGGAAUCAUUUUAAACAUAAACAAAGCUUAUAUGGAAAAUACUAUGCAUAUUUAUGUGAUGCUAGGCAUAAGAUUUCGCAAUGUCAAAGAGCAUGCUUAAGUUGGAAUAAUACAUACAAUGGAGAUGAUGAAAUUUCUGGAAAUUCAGAAGAAAAAUCUGAUAGUUUAAUAUCGUUAGAAAGGAGUAGUGGUUAUGAGAGUUUCAGCAUGAAUAUGGAUGACCAAGAAUUUUGGCAAAUAUCUUCAAACAAACCUAAAAGACCAAAUAUCACAUUUACAUUGGAUGACAAUACACAUUUAGAGGAGUCUCCUAGUGCAGGACCAUUCUUAACAAUUUUGUUGGAAAAACUAAGAAAUUUUUUGUCAAAUUCCAUUUACAUUAAUUUACAUUUAACUGGACUAAUAUCCAGACUAGCUGUUUAUCCUCAGAAUUUAUUAAGGGCCUAUCUACUUGACUACAGUUUGGUGCUCCAACCAAAUGUUCCAUCCAUAUUUGAGAUAAUUGGCAUUAUUAAACAGCAAAUAGAUGACUACAUGACUAGGCAGCCAGACAAAGCAGAAUUGAUUAAGUAUGCUCAAGAUGUUUUAGUUGACAGGGAAAUCAUGUUGGUAAAUAUACGAAGGUACCACAUGGAGAAAAAGGCUGUCCCAAAACCACAACCGCAAGAAUCUAAUGAACCGUUUCAGAGGAACGGCCCCAAGAGACGCAGUUUGAAUUUUCCUUCGAUAACUAGUAUAUUUGUAGGGAGGUCAAACCAGAUCGACACAAGUAUACCAGUGGUGACCUCUCCCCAGGAGGUACAAUUUAAUUUAAUUUACCCAAAAUUCAAUGAGGGACAACAUGUGGCUCUUUGUGCGGUACUUCUUGACGAGUGGGUCAAGGAAUUGGCAGCACUUGCUCAAGAACAUACUAUCGCUCAACUUGCCUCCCUUGUAAAUUGAGUUUUAAUUCUUUCUAAAUUCGUCUUUUAUAUUGUGAUCCAUUUUAUACCUUUAUUCUCUUGGUAUUAACUUUGUUAAUUUUUUUUUUCAAUUUUUAUACUCCGACUCACCUUGUAUAUCUGGAAUUUACUUUGCGUGUUUUUCGAAAUUGUUUUCAGAUAUUUUUGUAUAUACUUUAAUUUUUUGAAUAUGUACAUUUUAAAGAGUGAUUUUAACUUAUAUGAGUGAUGUUAUUUAUUAUUAGUAUCCCUUUCUAAUUACCCCCUUACGAUUUUUAAUAGUUUUGUCUUUUGUGCAAUAUUUAUCUAAAUAAAUACAUAAUAUUAUUUAAAAAAAUACAACGGUAAAGCGUAGAUCAAUGAAUUCUAUCUAAAAAACUUGCCUUAAAUAGUAUUGUAGGAAAAUGUUGUGUAUCCAUAUCCAUUAGAGACAAAGUACCAUACAAUCAAAAAAUUUUAAUAUCGAGCUAGCUUUGAAUGUUCACAUCUAAAUACAUUCUGAAGUAGUUUUCCAAAAGAAUUGUCAACGUUCGAAGUUCUCUUGAUAAAAAUGGUAUCAUAUGUAUAUGUUGUGGUAGUUAAAUGUUUUCAAUACAGAUUUGUGAAAAAGAAUUAUAAAAAAAUUGUAACAGAAUAUAAAGUUUCGGAAAAUGUUUUAACUAAAUGGUAAAUGUUCUUUAUUUGUGACACUAUAAUAAUUGUUUCUUGCAUUAAUUUUGCAAAAAAAUAAUAACUGAUAGUAAUGUAAUAAUAUUAAAACAAAAUUGAUUCUCGUCUCUAUCUUACAUUUCGACUAUGAAUAAAAUGAUCUGCAUUUGGGAAUAUGUAUUGAAUGUUGCAAUGAAUGUUUGAAAAUAAAUAUAUUUUUAAAAU